AUGCUAAAAUCCCUCCCCACCACUGACGAAGGCACAUAUGGCGAAACAAACAAUACAAUUGACUCCCUAAUCCAUAAUCAAAAACAGUUUCCCAUUAGUGAUACAAUGAACAAGCUCUUCAAUGGCAUCCAAUACAAAAACCUACCAAUAAUAAACAUCAGAGUGUCCCAAAAUAACACAAUCCUAACCUACACAGAAUCCAAUGGAGUUGUAAAACUAAUAAGAUCCUGUGGGAUAGAAGGAUUUCGUAAUGCUCGUAAAGGUACCAACGUGGCGGCUCAAAGUACAGCGAUAACAUUUGGUACGAGAACUUUGGAGAAUGGAGUAAGAUCUGUUAGAGUUAGAGUGCGGGGACUCGGUCCAGGACGGACUUCUGCUAUUAAAGGUUUGCAAAUGGCCGGAUUGGAUGUUGUCUCGAUUACUGAUAGUACUCCAGUGUCUUGGUCACCUCCUAGACCCAGGAAACAACGGAAACUUUAA